UGGCCGCCGCCGACCCCCACGGCGGAUCUGGGAGGGGCGCCCACAGUCGGGGGCGAGGGGACGCGGAACCCCGGGAAGGAGGGAUGCCCGGAUGCAACUGCCAACAGCGCUGAGCGCGGGGGCAGUGGCUGCGGUUGCGGCGCUGGUGGCCGCUCUGCUCCUGCUACGAUGCCAGGACGCGGGGCCGGGGGCCGGCUCCAGCAUGGCUGCGACAGAGGCGCUGCCCAAGCUUCGGGAAGACUUCCGGAUGCAGAAUAAAUCCGUCUUUAUUUUGGGCGCCACCGGGGAAACAGGCAAAGUGCUCUUAAAGGAAUUGCUGGAGCAGCGCCUGUUUUCCAGGGUCACAGUCAUUGGCCGGAGGAAGCUGACCUUUGAUGAGGAAGCUUAUAAAAAUGUGAAUCAAAAAGUGGUGGACUUUGAAAAGCUGGACGACUAUGCUUCUGCCUUCCAAGGUCAUGAUGUUGGAUUCUGUUGCCUGGGUACCACCAGAAAAAAAGCCGGGGCGGAGGGAUUUGUUCGUGUUGAUCGAGAUUAUGUCCUGAAAUCUGCAGAGCUGGCAAAAGCUGGAGGGUGCAAACAUUUCAACCUGCUGUCCUCUAAAGGAGCUGACAAGUCGAGCAAUUUUUUAUAUCUGCAAGUUAAGGGAGAAGUGGAAGAUAGGGUGGAAGAAUUAAAAUUUGAUCGUUACUCCAUAUUUAGGCCUGGAGUUCUGUUAUGUGACAGGCAAGAAUCUCGCCCAGGUGAAUGGUUGGUUAGGAAAUUUUUUGGCUCCUUACCAGAAUCUUGGGCCAGUGGGCAUUCUAUACCAGUGGUGACUGUGGUUCGAGCAAUGCUGAACAACGCAGUGACACCAAGUGACAAGAAGAAGGAACUGCUGGAAAACAAGGCCAUCCACGACCUGGGGAAAGCCGAUGGCUCUCUUAAGCCAUGAUCACACCUGAGAAAUGCUUUUUUGGUCAAACUCAGCACCCAUCACCUAAUCGCCAAUUUAAAGGUCUAAAAAGAAAAGCAUGCUUUAACUGUGUUUCACUAUUUUCAGCCACCUGGGUCCAAUAAAAAAAUGAUUGUGCUCUGCCACAGCAGCUGGGAGCCUGGUUGUUGACCCUUGAACAACAUGGGUUUGAUCUGAGCAGUUCCAUUUAUAUGGGGAUUUUUUUCAAUAAAUACUGCAAGUGUAUUUUCUAUUCCUUAUGUUUUAUUAAUAUUUUCUUUUCUCUAGCUUAUUUUUUUUUUUUGGUGGGGAAAUCAAGUUCUAGCUCAUUUUAUUGCAAGAAUACAGUAUAUAAUACAUAUAACAUAUAAAAUAUGUAUUAUUGUGCUGUUUAUGUUGUUGGGAAGUCUUCUGGUCAACGGUACACUAUUAGUACAGUUGGCCCUCUACAUCUGCAGAUUCCCAACCUCAGAUCGAAAAUAUUGUUUCCAAUCCACAGUUGCUUGAAUCUGUGGGUGUCAAACCUGUGGCUAUGAAGGGCAGAGUGUAAAGUUUGGGGGGGUCAAAAGUUAUAUGUGGAUUUUCAACUGCACCAGGGUAGCACCCCUAACCCACCUGUGGUUCAAGGGUCAACUCUACAGCACCCAGGGAGCUUUUCAAACAUGGGGCUUCACAGGCUCUGUCUGACUCAGACCUUCUGAAUCCAAUAUUUUGGGGGGAUGGGCACAGGAAUCUGCUGUUUUGUGUGAGUUUCCCCUGGUGAAUCUGAUGCCGCUGGUGCGGAGGCAGCUCUGAAGUGCUUGUCUGCAGAGUGACGGCAGCAGUGCAGACCUUAUGUAGCAUGCAGAUGAGUUCUGCUCUAAAAUUGUUGACAUUGGGGUCUCCAAGAUACUCAGUGCUGACUGCAUAUAAUUGUGUCAGUGAACAUUGUGCCUUACUACUUCUUUAGAAUAUAUAAUAAAAUUUAUUAUACAACUGA